UGGGGGUCAAGGGACAGUGGGUUGUGUCUGUUCGGGGGGGGGCGAGGGGGCAGGGGUUGGGGGACACGUGUUAAAAUUCCCGCGUUUAUUCAACACGUUUCCCCUGACGUCAGGUUCGGUGUUCGUGAACGGAAGAAUGAACCCAGUGGGGAACGGGGUGGCUGGCACUGCCCUCAUCGACCGCACUAUCCAGAUGAGGAAGGAGGCACAAGCCAGGAAGGUGAUGCUGGUGUGGGGCUUGCUCAAUGUAGGACUCGCUGGAAUGGUCUACAUGGAAAUGACAGGCAAGUUGCUGUGCAAAUUCUACAACAUCAGCUACUGGCCCCUGUGGUACAUUGAGCUUGUGCUGGUCACCUUGUUUUGCCUGAAUGCUUUAUUUGAUUUCUGGUGUUACUUCAGGAGUGCUGUUGUCCCUGCUAACCUUGUGAUGACCCCACAGCAGCAAACCCUGCUGGGAAUGAUGAACCCAGCGAUACUGACAGCACCACAGCAGAAGCCGGCUACCCCAUCCACACCCAAGAGCUCCUCACCAGGCACCGGACAGGGACAGAGUGUACUGUCUUAUAGCCCUCAACGCCCACUUGGCUCCUGCCCCAAGUACAGCCCUGGCUGUAUAACGGGUUUUAGUCCAAGUGGGCAGACACCUUCCCCACCAGGCAGCGGAUCCUUCCCAUCCUCAGUGAUGUACUCAACUGGCAGCAGCUUCAAUACGGGAUCUCCUUUCAGUCCUGUUCAGAAUAUGUCUUUGUACGGUAACAACGUUGGGAAUGCAGAGAGCUCCAGCCUGAGAGCUCGAUAUCGUUCUGCUCCUUCUGUGUACAGUGCACCUCUCACGCGAGAUGAAUGCCUGACUGAUAUGAAGUCUCUGGAGAACUUUCUUCGCUCUGAAGAGGAGAAACAUGGUCGCAGUCAGCUGGGAACACCAGAAUGUACGUCCAGUAGCAGCAGUCCUACCUCCUUUUGGAACUACAGCCGAACCACAGGUGACUAUGCACAGUCACUACGCAAGUUCCAGUACCAGCUUGCCAGCCGUUCACAGGCCCCAUCUGCCCACAAGGAUGACACUGAUCUGGGCUCCAAAUUACUUGCAGAAGAGGUAUGGAUUAGGCUGAACAUGAAUCGGCAGCAGUUGGACCUCCUUGAUUCCUGGACAGCCAACCUGAGGAAUUGGAUCAAUGAAACGAUUUUGAAUCGUUUGGUCAGUGAGAUUGACGGUGUGAACACACAGCUAAGAAGAUUGGGAUGUCCUGAGCUGCAAGUAGGAGAGACCAGUAUCAGCAGUCUAAGGCAAGCAGCUCUGGUCAGAGCUCCCCAGAUUCCAACUUUAAAUAUAGUUGUUCAGUACUUGGACAUCACUUCAAACCAAGAAUAUCUAGUGGAGAGGAUCAAAGAACUUGCACAUGGUGGUUGUAUGAGCUCCUUCCGUUGGAAUGGAGGAGGAGAGUACAAAUCUAGAAAAUGGGACACAGACCUUCCCACUGACUCUGCGAUGAUAAUGCAUAUGUUCUGCACUUAUCUUGACUCCAGGCUGCCUCCACAUCCCAAGUACCCUGAUGGGAAAACUUUCACCUCCCAGCAUUUCAUUCAGACUCCAGAUAAACCAGAUAUCACAAAUGAGCAUUUGUUUUGUAUACAUCAAAGCAACAUCAAUCCUCCCCACUACCAGCUGAUCUACCACGGACAGGUGUAUAAUUUGCCGAAGGACAGGAGCAACAUGUUUCACACCAUUCUGAUGUUUUUAUACAUAAUUAAAACGAAGGAGUCAGGAAUGUUGGGGAGAGUGAAUCUGGGCUUGUCUGGAGUGAAUGUUCUUUGGAUUUUUGGAGAGUAAAGAACAAUUGCCAGGAGAUAUAACUGCGAAUAUGUAUUUGAUUUGUAGAAAAGUUGAACAGAUUCAGGAUUUUGGUCCCUCGCUUCACUCCUACAACCCCCAUCCCACACCACACCAUCUCUCUCUUCUUGAUCUUUCUUAUACUGACAACUGGCAGAAAUGUGGGGUCCUGGACCAGAAACUCUGAAGCCAACAUUACAUUUUGCCCUGUGACUCUGCUGAGGAUGUGUGCUCACUGAAUAUCUGUUUGGCUGCCAUGCAGCUGCUUCAAUACUGAGAGAGUUAAUUUUAAUUUUUCAAAACUAAAGCUUUUAUCUUUUCUAAUGUUUGAAGGAAAAGACUCCUUUUAUAAUAACCAGUGGAAGUGUGUAAUUUUUCAUACUCUUCGAAGCAUUAUGUGAAGUAGCAAAAUACUGCUGUACUUCUUAUGAAAGAAGACCAUCAACUCCUGUCAGCUUUGGUAUUUCUGUUCGGGCAAAGGAACUGUCAUUCAGAGCAUCUGAGGGUGGGAGAGACAGAACUUGUGUUUUCUUUACUGCUCUAUAAAUACACAGCUGGAAUAAUGGUACCACUGCCCUGGGUCAUGUCACUAAUCUUGUUCUGUUUUUAGUUUAAUGAUGUUAACACAAACCCAUGUGAACAGCCUGGAUACAAGUACUGUAGGAAUCAUUUGAGAUGAUGGGACAAGUUGUCAAAAGACAUAACCUGUUUCCAUUUAUAAAUAUCUAAGAAUGAAAGUAAGCAAAAACAAAAGGCUGAUCAGUUUUACUAGGGAACUGAUGAGAAAAGGUAAAUAGUUAAUGCAAACUCAGCUCUGUAAUCAUUUCAAACUGUCGUGAUGAAUGUAAUUAACUGUACUGUAAGGGUCCUAUGAAUUCAAUGUGGGCUGCCUCAGGCUACUCCCAGUAGGUCUGAUUUGCCAGUGCAGAACUUGUCCUCUCCACUUCAAGGGUGUUGGUUUUGUGAGGAGUGGUUCAUCGGUGUUGCUGAAGACUUCCGUCACUCCCUAAAAUGAAAAACAAUUUACUCUGAGACAAGUCUAGAAAGUGCUGGACCUACACCUCAGAAUCGAGGCUUGCAUUAAAGUGAGUUGCUCUAUUUAAAGAAGGCUUGUGCCCUUCCCUCCUGUCCAUGUUGAGCAGCACUUCCCUGAUUAGUUGAAGCAUUGGAAUGGCUGAUAAAAGCAAAAUAGUGUGGAUGGUGGAGAUCUGAAAUAAAAACAAACUGCUGAAGAAA